GUUCAUCGCCCAACGGAUAAAAAUUGCUCCAGAAGUAUAGACUAAUCUUCCCCGAGAGCUGUAAUAUAUUCCAAGGGCUGAUUUUAUAUGAAUUCCACUGCAAAUCUUCUAAAAGAGACAUUACUUUUUCAAAAGUCACACUAAAAGACAAUUGCCAGCUAAGCUAUGCCUUUAACUGCCAUUCAUAGGUCUUCUUCCCAUGAACAAACCCUCUUUUAAACAACACAAAACAAGCAACCAAGAAGAACUCCAAGGAAAGAUGGCGUCAUCAUACACAACUCUUUGCCUCAUUCUCAUACUCUCACAGUCUUUACCAUCAUCAUCUUCAUCCCAAGAAACAAGUUUUCUUGAUCAAAAACCAACAGCCUAUGAAAUCUUGGGAGACUACAACUUCCCUAAAGGACUGCUUCCUAAAGGAGUUGUCGGUUAUUCUCUUGACACCACAACAGGUAGAUUCUCUGCUUUCUUGAAUGGUUCUUGCAGUUUUUCUCUUGAAGGAUCAUACCAGUUAAGGUACAAGUCAAGCGUCAAUGGUUAUAUAUCACAAGGGAGACUCUCAAGGUUGGAAGGUGUGAGUGUGAAGGUGUUUUUUAUGUGGGUUGAUAUUGUUGAGGUUUUAAGAAACGGUGAUGAUCUUGAAUUCUCUGUUGGGAUUGCUGGUGCUGGUUUUCCUAUUGAUAAUUUUGAAGAGUGUCCUCAAUGCGGUUGUGGUUUGAAUUGUAGUGGUGCUAAAAGGAAAGUAAGCAAGAUUAGAUCAAACCCUUUUGUAUCUUCUUCUUAGAAAGAUCUGUAUAUUUCAAUCAUUGAAUUGUUCUAUUGUGUUUUUUAUACUCUCAUUUAAUUGGGAUUUAAUGAAAUGGGUUGUAAUUAUUUUCUUAA